UUAUACAUAAAAGUAAACAAGUAAAUUGACACGAGGUUAAAGUAAAUAUUAGUAUGGAUCUAUUUUCAGUUUUUUAUGACGACAAUUUAAGCCUGAACAGUUCUGAAGAAAGCACUGAGGAAAGUGGAAUUCUACAAGAAAUUGUCGAAGAGGAUUGGAAAAUCACAGAUAUUGACUUUUUGCCAGUAAAUUGCAUUGAUAAUGGAGACAAAACCAAACUUGUUUAUCAUUGUAAAUCACACGAAGAAGCAUUGCAUUGUAUCAAAAAAUAUGAAUUAAGAACAACAACACGAUUUGUGGUGUAUUAUGCUAAUAAAAAUUUUGGUAACACAGAUACAAUUACAACGAAUCAUAGUGUACUUUGGGAAGAUUCUGCUAAUCCUUAUUCAGGAAUACCUUAUAUUGUUAUUUCAAAUAAAGUUUUAGAUUGUCACCAUGGGUUUCACAGAAAUGUUUCAAAAAAAAAUUAUUACAAAAAAAAUAAAAAAAGACAUGAUAUGGAUGAUCAUUGCUUUCAAAAAAACUAUUUAAUUUUACAAGAUAGUAAAAAGUUUAUGUGUCCUGCCAAAAUAGCUAUGAAGGAAAUAAUUCACUUUCCUGAUUUUAAGAUAUCAGAAAAAACUGAGUGGCGCAAAAAAAACGCAUCAAAACUUUUGAGACAAAAAAAAAAACUUCACCAUUAAAUGAAAUCCAACAUACAAGAACAAUUGUAGUUUCCAUUGAUGAUUUGUCCUGUCAUGAUAAAC